AUGACGGAUCAAGAAAAUAAAAAUGCGCAAGGCGCCGGCGGCGGGUCUCCCGUGGUGAUGGUCGAACAAUCGACUGCGAGUAGGCACAAGCCCUACCGCCCCACUGACUUGCAGGAAGAGGGCCAAACAGAACUGCAUCACAAACGCUCGCGUGCACCCGCCGUACCAUCAGUUGCUGAAGAGUUGAAAGAUUCAGCUGACAAUACUGACAUCAAAGAGCUAAAGGACGACAGCGUGAUGACUUCCGAGAAACAAAAGCACAUAGUCGCCAAGAAAUUAUCGUUGACCACGAAGAGGCGAGGUUCGUCACCCGAAGCAAUAUCAAUGACGCCUUUGGAUGUGGAAGUGCAGAGAGCUGAAAUAGUCACAGUGCCGUCACAGCCAAUACCGCCAUCACCAACACAAGAGACCACGGACGCGUCCCUUGUCGCAGAAUCAGAGAAAAAUACGGCGGCAGUCAAGGACGACGAGGACAGCAUAACAGAAGAAAUUGCCGAGUUGCGGACAGCCGAUCCGACCCAAAAAGCUUCCGAAUGGGAUAACGAAACAGAAAAUAGGAAGGAAGCUUCCAUAUUUGGAGAUAAUGCUGACACUGUGCCACUGCAGAGAAAGGCGGGAUCUGGUGCCUUACAUGAGACUAUAACUAGUUCACGGGAGUUGAAGAAAAAAGAAAUUUCGUGGAACGCUGACACAUAUAUAGACAAAGUGCAUCUACAGAAUUUGAAUGCUCGGAGCACAUCUUGGAUGUUAGAAAGGAAAGCCUCCGUGGGGCCUUGCUACAGAAAAACUUUACCGUUCGGAGAACCCUCUGGUAUAAUGAUAUGUUUACCCAAGAAAUCUGUAAAAACUGACAGUGAAAUUAUAAAUCCGCUAAAGUCGGGGAUUUCCUUAACUAUCUCAAGGAAAUGCUUAGAAGGCAGUACAAAAUCGUCAACCGACAAUCACGCGAAAAUCGCGCCACUCGGCCUGCACUUGCCGAGGCAAGAGAAAAAAGUCGAAUUAAAAAUUGAGGAAGAAAAUUACGCAAACUUCUUAGAAAAUGUGAAGGGGAAGAUAAAUAAUUUUCGCGGGAAAAUAAAACAUGUUUUGCACAUGUAG